GGGCAGAGACAGAGAGGCUGCACUGCAGUGUAGCUGCCAGACCUCUGCUGGAAAAGUACUGGAGUAAAGGGCACAGGUUCCUCCAGUGCAGCUGAGCCUCCUCAGGUCUGGCAUUGACUGCAGCUCAGCUUCUUCACUAUGGUGGGCCCUAAUGGCAGUGAAUCCAGUGCCACAUAUUUCAUUCUAAUAGGCCUCCCUGGCUUGGAAGAAGCUCAGUUUUGGUUGGCUUUCCCUUUAUGCUCCCUUUACCUUAUUGCUGUGCUAGGUAACUUGACAAUCAUCUACAUUGUGUGGACUGAGCACAGCUUACAUGAACCCAUGUAUAUUUUUCUUUGCAUGCUUUCUGGCCUUGACAUCCUGAUCUCUACUUCAUCCAUGCCCAAAAUGAUGGCCAUCUUCUGGUUCAAUUCUACUACCAUCCAGUUUGAUGCUUGUCUGCUACAGAUGUUUGCCAUCCAUUCCUUAUCUGGCAUGGAGUCCACGGUAUUGCUGGCAAUGGCCUUUGACCGCUAUGUGGCAAUCUGCCACCCACUACGCCAUGCCACUGUGUUAACAUUGCCUCGUGUUACCAAGAUUGGAAUGGCUGCUGUAGUACGAGGUGCUGCACUUAUGGCACCUCUGCCUGUCUUCAUCAAACAGCUACCUUUCUGCCGCUCCAAUAUCCUUUCCCACUCCUACUGCCUACAUCAAGAUGUCAUGAAGCUGGCCUGUGCUGACAUCCAUGUCAAUGUCAUCUAUGGCCUCAUCGUUAUCAUCUCUGCCAUUGGCCUGGACUCAGUUCUCAUCUCCUUAUCAUAUCUGCUUAUCCUCAAGACUGUGUUGGGCUUGACACGUGAAGCCCAGACGAAGGCAUUUGGCACUUGUGUCUCUCAUGUGUGUGCUGUUUUCAUAUUCUAUGUACCGUUCAUUGGAUUAUCUAUGGUGCACCGCUUUGGCAAGCGGCAGGACUCCCUCCUGCCCAUCAUCAUGGCCAACACCUACCUCCUUGUCCCUCCUGUGCUCAACCCUAUUGUCUAUGGAGUGAAGACAAAGGAGAUCCGGCAGCGCAUCCUUCGUCUUUUCCAUGUGACAACCCUGACUUCAGAUCCCUAGGUGUCAGUGAUAAAACUUAUUUUUCACUCAAAGUUCUUUAAUGCAGAUUUUAAUAUCAAUAUUUUGGGAGACAGUAUUAGGAACAAAACAUUUUCCUUAAUAAAAACACAACUGAUCCUUCAAAGAUGAAACUGGUGGGAACAUCUGUGGAUAA